AUGGAGAAGAGAAACACCAUCUCUGAUUUCAUUCCCCUAGGACUCUUUCAGCACACAAGAUCCCACCUCUUUCUCUUCACAGGGGUGCUGACAAUAGCCAUAGCUUCCCUGCUGGGAAAUGUCUUCAUGAUCUUCCUGAUUCACUGGGACCACUGUCUUCACAUGCCCAUGUACUUUCUACUGAGCCAACUCUCCCUCAUGGACAUGAUGCUGGUUUGCACAAUUGUGCCCAAAAUGACUGCUGGAUUUCUGACUGGAAAUAAGUCCAUUUCCCCUGCUGCAUGUGGGUUACAGAUCUUUGUCCCCCUCACUCUGGUUGGUGGAGGGAGUUUCCCCCUGGCAGCCAUGUCCUAUGACCACUAUGUGGCUGUAGGUCACCCACUGUGGUAUCCCAUCCUCAUGAACUGGCAAUUAUGCCUGAGAAUGACUGCAAGGUCCUGGUUUCUGGGAGCAGCUUAUGGGCUCAUGCAGGCUGCUGCUUCCCUGAGCUUUCCUUUCUGCAGUGCACAUGAGAUCAAUCAUUUCUUCUGUGAAGACCCCAUGCUGGUGCACUUGGCUUGUGCUGACACAUCAGUCUUUGAAAAUGUCAUGUACAUCUGCUGUGUGUUAAUGCUUCUGGUCCUCUUCUCCCUCAUCCUGACCUCUUAUAGUUUCAUCCUAACUGCUGUUCUCCAUGUGCAAUCCACAGAAGCCCACAAGAAGGCUUUUGCUACAUGCUUAUCACAUUUGGCUGUGGAGGGACUCUUUUAUGGAGCUGCCAUUUUUAUUUACAUGAGACCCAAAUCCUACAGGUUGGCUAACCAUGAUAAAGUGGUGUCAGCUUUUUACACUAUCAUCACCCCUGUGCUGAAUCCCCUAAUCUACAGUUUGUGGAACAAUGAGGUUAAAGGAUCCUUGAGGAAAUGGCAGGAGAAAUGUGGUAACUUAAAUCCUCAGUCCCACAGUUCAAGGUUUCUCAGUAUCAAAUGUGUGUAA